AUGCUUCCAAUAGAAAAAGAAAAUUCAAGAGUUGCUACAACUAAACCAUUAGAUGAACUUUUUACUAAUGUCGGUCAAAAGUUUGAGACAGAGACCGUAAAGCAUGAAGGCUAUCGUUUUGACUACCCAUUAAGAUGGCUAAGAGACCCAUCUGUCACAAAAGCUAUUGGCUUUCGUAGAAUGAAGUUUGUGUCUGUAGAAGAUAAAAGUUUUCCAUUUAUUGUAAGGUUUCAUAUAGAUUAUAUAUCUGAAGGGAAACGAAAAAUGUGGGAAGAAAUUGAGCUAAUACAAGUUGACCUUUCAUCUUCUCUACAGACUGCGUUAAAAAAUAUAGAAGAUAAAAUAAAUUCAUGUUAUGCAAAAUAUGCUGAUGAAUAUGCAAAUACCGAGAGCACACUUUAUGUGAGAAUUGUAUAUGACAAACAAAAUUCACAAGUGUCAUUUCAAAUCUACGAAGACAAUCCAAAGAAAGACGAACAAAUAUAUACAGAAUUCACUGCAAUGUCAUGGUAUUAUUUGCAAAGAAUGUUA